AAGAUGUCUAUUUUUCAGUGUGAAAACUGCGGGAUAGUAAAACGUUUUAAAUAUGGAGCCGAAAUUUGGUACCGUAAUUUACGCGAUACUGUUGAAUUUUGUAGUAGAAAUCGUAGUAUCGAGUGACGGUUCGCUGGCGAAUUAUUUGAAAAUUAAUAGGCCUAUUGUAGAGGUAGAACACGGCCAAGUGAAAGGGAUUCGAGAUAAAAAUGUCGAUGGGAUUCAUUAUUUCUACGCCUUCCGGGGUAUUCCGUAUGCUAAGCCGCCAAUCGGGGAGUUGAGAUUCCAGGAUCCUGAGCCAUUAGAAGCAUGGGUUGGUAUCAGAGAUGCCAAAGAAUUUGGUGAUAAAUGUGUGCAAGUAGAAAAAGCUUCAACAAAGAGAAUAGGCAACGAAGACUGUCUUUAUCUGAACGUCUAUACGACGGAUUUGAAACCUGAUGCACCAAAAGCUGUCAUGGUGUGGAUUCAUGGCGGCGCUUUUGUUUCUGGGUCCGGAGAUGACGACAAGUGCGGCCCCGAUUACUUUGUUGAGAAAAAUGUCCUUUUAGUGACAAUAAAUUAUCGCUUGAACAUUUUAGGUUUUCUUAAUUUGGAUGACGAAGCAGCGCCAGGUAAUCAGGGGUUGAAGGACCAGGUGAUGGCUUUGAAAUGGGUGCAGAAGAAUAUCAAUAAAUUUGGUGGUGAUCCGAAUAAUGUCACCAUUUUUGGACAGAGUACUGGAAGUUCUUCUGUUCAUUCUUUGACUCUCUCUCCUCUAGCCCAAGGAUUAUUCCAUAGGGCCAUUUUGCAAAGCAGUGUUGCAAAUAACCCUAGGUCAUAUGUAUCUUAUCCAAUAAAAGAUGCCGCUCAAAAAGUCGCCGAAAAAUUGGGAAAAAAUGUAACUGAUCAAAAAGAACUUCUCAAAUUUCUAAAAGGCGUCAACGCAAGUUCCCUAAUCGGAACAGUUCAGUCAUUGGAAUUUCGCAUGGACAAUUAUGCGGUUAAAAAUCCUUUCGUACCGUCAGUAGAUUCGAAAUCGAAAAGUCCAUUUUUGGAGAUUCCAAUCAACGAAGCCGUUAAAUCUGGAAUAAAAGUGCCUCAUAUAUUGGGCCACAAUAGUCAGGAGUCUAUUUUUUUUCUCGCAGAUUUAUUAAGAUCUACUAGUUAUGCCGAAAGAGAAGCUAAUCAAGAGAAAUUACUGCUACAUCCAAACGGAAAAAAAUUUUUGAAUCACCGAAAUGUGACUGUGGGUGAUGUGAAAAAAUUUUUCAUGGGUAGUAGGGAAAUAAAACCGAAAAAUGUUUACGAGUUUUUAAAUUUAGUUAGCGCAGAUUUUUUCAUAUUUAAUAUCCAUGACACCCUGGAAAUUCAAUCUUCAGUACCUGGUGUACCGACAUACUUUUAUAAAUUUGAUCAUUACUCAAAGGAAACCUCAGUGGAGCAAAAGUUAAUCGGCACAGAUUUGGAAGGCACGUCGCAUAGUGAAGACUUAUUUUAUCUUUUCAAUGCGAAAAUUUUGAAAGACCUCGGAAUUGAAGCGCCGGCUUCUUAUCCAACUGAGAGAAUUAUUCAACAAAGAUUUUUAGAAUUAUGGACUAAUUUCGCUAAAACUGGAAAUCCAAAUUUAGGAUCAUCAGACCUAAUUUCGAUCGAGUGGAAGCCUAUUGAUGACUCUACUGACUAUAAUUGUCUAAAAAUAUCUAAAGAUCUCAGUCUAAUUAAAGAGCCGAACAUUUUGCAUCGAAUAAAAAAAAACAACUUAGAGCUAUAAUUUAAUAACUUUAUAAACAAUUUUUUAUGUAACGCUUUAUCACGCAAUAAAAAAUUAUUCACAGUUUUUAUUGACUUUA